AUGGUCGUCCUGGCGAACCGCGCGCGCCUUGAAUUCGCAGAAACUAUCAAGUUGUCCCCCACGCGCGCCAAACUGACCUUCCUGCCUCCCGCACAACCUCCACAGGGAACCCAUCAGCUACGGUGUACCUCGCGGCGACGUACGAACACGCGCUAA